AUGGCCUUUUCUCCAGAGCAGCAGACCCUGGCAGUGACUGUCAUCAACCUCACUGGUUUGCCUCACAGGCUGCAGGACGUGCAUGUGCUGGGCAGCCUGCCGCCUCUGCACCCCUGUCCCGUGCACGCCUCCGUCCAGUACAGCCCCAGUCUGGAAGCCCAGAGCCUGGUGCUGCUUUUGAAGGUGGGAUCUGUGAAGGAGCUCCAGCGGUGCGUGCUGAGGCUGGCUGUUCACGCCCGGGACCAGCAGAGCCCGGGGGGCACCGCUCUGGGGGAGCUGGAGGCCGAAUGUGGAGGGACGGACUGGGGACCAGAUAAUCUUUUUCACUUCUCGGCCGAACUUAACACAAGCAAAGGGGAGAUGCAAAAGGAUGUGCUGCUGUAUAAGGGGCUUAGCCGUCCACCACAGAUCUUCGUAUCGCUUCACUACCAGCCUCUGGCCCAUUGCGUCAAAGCUGCAGUUCUCAGAGCUGAUAACCUGCAAAGCCUCGCUAACACAUCUGCAGGAGCAGAUUACCAGGUGGUGAUUAAUCUGCACCAUGAGGGGAAUUUAAUCAGCAGCAAAGAAACUAAAGCUGACUCUAGCACUAAGUGGAAUUCCUCCUUCAUGUUUGACCUGCCUGCAGGAGACAUCAGUCAGCUGUCACUCAUGCUUGAGUUUGUGAUCAUGCAGAAGCCGCUCCUCACAGACGGUGAGGUGGUCGGUCGAGUCCUCAUCGGGGCAGACGCUGCAGAAGCAGGACGAGCUCACUGGAGGGACGUGUGCAGCCUGCAGGUGGAGCAGGCGCGAUGGCACAUCGUCCAGCCAGAACUGCUUUAGAGCUCAUGUGGUCUCCUCA